AGUGAAAAAAAAAAAGAGAGAGAGAGAGAGAGAAAGAAGAAGUAAGUGUGUAACUGUGCCGGGACCUUCGGAAAUUCUAAUGAUGAAAGACGGAGUGCGGGCUCUCACUUCCCCUUUCUGCACGGUCCAGGCCUGGGCGCCCGCCACCAGACUAGAACAGUCCUCCCCAGGGAGCCCGAAGCAAACAUGGAUCAAGAAGCCGUGGGCAACAUUGUCUUGCUGGCCAUUGUUACCCUCAUCAGUGUGGUCCAGAACGGUUUCUUUGCCCACAAGGUGGAGCAUGAAAGCAAGACACAGAAUGGGCGGAGCUUCCAGAGAAUGGGAACACUUGCCUUUGAGCGGGUCUACACUGCCAACCAAAACUGUGUAGAUGCGUACCCCACUUUCCUUGUUGUGCUCUGGAGUGCGGGGCUCCUCUGUAGCCAAGUUCCCGCGGCCUUUGCUGGACUGAUGUACCUGUUCGUGAGGCAAAAGUACUUCGUCGGCUACCUAGGGGAGAGAACUCAGAGAAAGCCUGAACAAUAUUAACUGUGGAAAAUCGGUACCUUCC